AUGCUUCAGGUGAUUUUCCAUCCUGAAUUCCUGAGCUCUACCAACCCACUGUUGCCGAUGGACUACGAGGAAUUUGUGCGUGGUUGUCACCUAGGUGUUUUUCCUUCCUAUUACGAACCCUGGGGCUACACACCUGCCGAAUGCACGGUGAUGGGCAUCCCGUCGGUGACCACUAAUCUUUCCGGAUUUGGCUGCUUCAUGGAAGAACACGUCGAGGAUCCGAAAUCAUAUGGAAUUUACGUGGUCGACCGGCGCUUCAAAAACUGUGAGGACAGCAUACAGCAACUGACAAAGUAUCUCUUGGAAUUUUGUCAAUAUUCUCGGCGUCAGCGUAUUGUCUUGCGCAACCGGACGGAACGGCUCAGCGAAUUGUUGGAUUGGAAAAACUUGGCCUCGUACUACCGUCGUGCCAGACUGGCUGCACUGCACAAACACGCUCGGCAUCUAUUCUCCGAACCACCUGCUGCGUUUCACAACGGUGACAGUAUGUCUGAACGCAGUUUUUGUCUAAGCCGUCCGUAUUCCGCACCUACUUCGCCUACCGCUUCUGGUCGGUCAACUCCGUUGCCAAGUUUGGGUGCGAACGCAUCGGAAUGCAGUACCCCUACUUCGCAUUUGGACGAAGAUGAAGUGGACGAAAUCACGGAGCGUUUGGAAUUGGGCCUGGAGGCUGUGAGUCUGACUGAUGGCCUGACUGCCUGAGUCACAUCGCACCCUGCUCUCCACUCUACAGAAAUGUUAUCUCUCAUUGUCGCAACGCCUAGUCACAACACCCGCUAAAAGGUCGUGCUCAUUGUAGUCCUCUCAAGCGGCUGUUUUUGCAGUCUCUUAGUCGUUCUCUUGAUACAUCGAAACACCGAUCUACACUAGUACCCUCGCCUCACAUGUAACUUUCACUAGAUUAUUUGUGCUCAACAAAUGACUUUCCUUUAUUUUUUCUCUCAACUUAUUUUCCUCAGUAUUUUUUUCUUCAUUUUGAUACGCGCGUGUCCCACCAACCUGAUCCACUUAUUUCGUGCACCGCCUUCGUCUGCACACCUCUAGUUUGCUGGUGUUUAUUCACACUCGAAGCGUUAUUCUUCCUUUUAUCUGCUUUGUUAUGCGCAACCACCAGAAAUGCUUUUCGUUUCGGCCGACAUGCUGGCCUUUGUACAUACCUGUCGGCAGCAUUUGCUCUGGCGACACCGGGCAUGUUUUCCCUUUCUUGCUUCAACGCGCGCAUUCUUUUGUCUUUGUAUGUUUUUUUCUUUCUUUUAUCUUCAUACUUCGCCGAUCGACGUCGGACCUCUUCUAGUAUUCAUUCACUGUUGCGAAAUGACGGAAGCUACUUGUUGUUUUAACCAUCGUCUACCUCUCUUUCUUCCGCCGCAUUUUUAUUCUUGCUGUAUUUUCACAUCCAUUCUUCUUUCUCUCCACCGAGAGUUGUUGCCUCAUUAUACCUUUCGGCACAACGGA